GGUUUAUUUACUUAUAUACACGUGACGCCUGAGUGGUGGUGGUGGCGGAGGCAGCUGAGAGGCGUCUGGCACUGUAUUGUGGCACUCCAUUUGCAACACCACAAGUGAGGGAUCAGCACAAGGACUUUCACCCGCGUCCUCAGUAGACCCGUGGCCUCCGCUGCCGUCAUGUAUGGGUCACGCAGAGGUGGUGGGUUCUACCAAGGGGGUGGAGGAAGAAGAGGCUAUGAAGGCGAAGGAGGUAGAAGAGGUGCUGAUGGUGGAGGAGAAAGAAGAGGAGGUGGUGGAGGAGGAGGAAGGGGAAGGGGAAGAGGUGGAGGUGGAAGAGGAGGAAUGAAGCGACCACCACCAGGCUUGAAGGGCAAGGAUAUUGGUCUUUGGUAUGCCAGGCAAAACCGUGAGCGUCAUGAGCGAGAAGAAAAAAGUGGAAAAAACUUGCCAUCCAUCUCUAUGAAUGCCAACCAGGUGCAGAAUGUUGGGCGCACAUUGAACUCCCUGGAUGGCGGGGCAGGGCCAGGGCAGAGCCAGCCUUCUUAUGGAGAUGACCCUCUAGGACAGGAGUGGGACCAGCGGUUGUCUUCUAUAAAGAAACUGCACUUUGAUGAUGAUGAUACGGGUGCUGGAAGUAGCAGAGAUGUCAAGCAUGAAAUUGAUGUCUUUGCCGACCCAGAUGGUUGGAUACAAGACAAUGCACAAAAACGUAAGAAAAUGUCAGGGAAAGAGCAGCAACGUGGGGACGCCUUGACAGAGCAGCUGAACAACAUUGAAGAAUCAGACUUCAAACGAGCUUACCUUGCCAAUGUCUUUGGUAAUCAGCUGCGUGACAAAGGAGGUCUUGAAGCCAUGAAGAAGAAUACUCUUGGUCUCCACCGAAGAACAGACCUUGAUAACCGUCUAUAUGAGGACUUGGUGGAUCAACAGAAUAAUCAGAUGUACCAGCGGAUGCUUGAGGUGCGCAAGAAACUCCCAUCAUACAAGAUGAGAGAUGAGAUUGUGGACACCAUUCGGAACAAUCAAGUGGUGGUGCUCAGUGGAGAAACUGGCUGUGGGAAAACGACCCAAGUUGCUCAGUUCCUCCUGGAGGAUGCAGUAGCAUCAGGAGAAGGGUCCACGUGUCGCAUUGUCUGCACACAGCCCCGACGCAUCUCAGCUAUUUCUGUGGCACAGCGAGUGGCAGAAGAACGUGGUGAAAAGCUGGGGAGAAGUGUUGGCUAUCAGAUCAGGCUGGAAGCCAUACUGCCACGCGUUGAGGGCUCCAUCCUGUACUGCACCACAGGUAUUGUGCUGCAGUGGUUACAAGGAGAUCCAUUACUCUCCCAAGUGUCACAUCUUGUAUUGGAUGAGAUACAUGAACGUGACAUGGUGUCAGAUUUCCUCAUUUGCAUUGCCAAAGAUCUCAUCAAAGUGCGAUCUGAUCUGAAGGUUGUACUCAUGAGUGCCACACUGAAUGCAGAGCAGUUUUCUGAAUAUUUUGGAGGGUGCCCAAUGCUACACAUUCCAGGCUUUACUUAUCCUGUCAAAGAAUAUUAUCUUGAAGAUGUGCUAGAAAUUACCAGGUUCAUGUUUGAAAAUGACAAGCACACUCCAAUUUGGAAAAGAAGAGAAAACAAAAAGACAAAGGAGUUUGAAGAAAUGAUAACGCCCUACCUCAGGAAUCUUGAAAGGGAGCAGCAGUAUUCAAAUCUUACAAUUCAAGAAUUGUAUAAGAAAAACAGUGAAGAGUUGAAUUUGGAAUUGAUAUUGGAGUUACUUCGACACAUCAGCAGGCUGCCAAUGGGGGCAGUGCUUGUGUUCUUGCCUGGCUGGGACAAUAUCUCAAAACUCCAUAAUAUGAUAAAGGACGACACCAUGCUCAGCUCACGUAACCACCUGGUGAUCCCCCUACACUCCAUGAUGCCCACAGUCAGUCAGCGUGAGGUAUUUGACCCUCCACCCAAAGGUGUAAGAAAAAUUAUUCUUGCCACUAAUAUUGCUGAAACCAGUAUUACCAUUGAUGACAUAGUGUAUGUUAUUGAUGGUGGCCGUAUCAAGAUGAAGAAUUAUGACAAGGAAGCCAAUUUGGUAACACUGCUUCCGGAAUGGGUCACCCUUGCCAAUGCCAGACAGCGAAGAGGGCGAGCAGGACGAGUACAAGAGGGCGUGUGUUACCACCUGUACACUCGUGCCCGAGAGAGGCUGCUGGACGAUUACCCAUUGCCUGAGAUUCAACGUACCCGCCUUGAGGAAAUUAUCCUGCACAUCAAGAUCUUGAAGCUGGGUUCUGUGAGACCCUUCCUCUCCAAGAUCAUGAUGCCUCCUGAUAGCUCUGUAGUAGAGAUUUCCCUCCAGAUGCUGCAAGCCAUCAAUGCUCUGGACAGGGAAGAGAACCUCACUCCACUUGGUUUCCAUCUUGCUCGGCUCCCAAUGGAUCCCCUCACCGGCCGUAUGCUGCUCAUGGGUGCCAUAUUCUCAUGCAUAUCACCAGUCCUCACUGUGGCUGCUUCACUCUCCUUCAAGGAUCCAUUUGUAGUUCCUUUGGGAAAAGAACGGCAGGUGGAUGAGAUCAAGCGCAGAUUAGGCAAGGGAAUGCAAAGUGACCACUUACUGCUGGUGAAGGUGUUUGAGGGAUGGGAGCAGGCCUGCAAGUACCGAGAUGAGCGUAACUACUGCUGGGAUAACUUCCUCUCCUCCUCAAUACUCAGUCAACUGAAGAACAUGCGAAGGCAGUUUAUGGGUCUGCUGUAUGACCAUGAGUUUGUCAACACACGUGAUCCCAAUGGAGCUGAGGUCAAUCGUAACUCAGAGAACAUUGCAUUGGUGAGAGCCAUCAUCACUGCAGGUCUCUACCCCAAUGUUGCUAGAAUCAUGCCUCGAGGGGGCAAACCAAAGCCCAACAAACCUCUGAAGAUUCGAACAGCACAAGAACGCAGUGUUACACUCCAUCCCAAGUCCGUUAAUGAGCAAGAAAGAGACUUUGACUACCCAUGGCUCAUGUACAGAGAGAAGAUUAAAUCCUCCAAGGUGUUCAUUCAUGACAGUUCAAUGGUACCAAACUAUCCUCUUCUCUUCUUUGGAGAGAAGUUGAAUUAUGAUCCUACUGAAGGUGUGAUCAAUGUGGAUGGUUUUGUGCGAGUCCGCAGUUCCCGGCAUGUGGCCCAACUAGUACAGAAUCUGAGAAAUGAGCUGGAUCAACUGCUUGAGUACAAAAUCAGUCAUCCUGGCAUCACACGGUGGGACAGGAACAGCAAGGAGGGCAUGCUCCUCCACACUAUAGUUGACCUCAUUAGUAGUGAGCGAGGGACUUCACAAGAUAGCUGUUAUUAUGAUUCUGAUGACCAGGAUGAUGAUGGGUGUUGAGAGAGUGGAAGGCUGUGUAUGUACCACCACUGUCAUCACCACCACCAGCAUCACAAUGUAUGAGAUAUAACAUUUGAUAUUUCUUGUAAAUGUGAUACUUUAGAUUUCAACAAAGGAUAUAAUGUUCUCACAUUAUUCAGUAAAGAUCUGAAUUAAA